CAACUUUUGUUUACUUCUCGAUUUCUUCCGUGAAAAGUAGCGCGCGUUUUGCAAAAGAAUCGAUUUUAUUAAUUUACGUGCCUCGAUCAACGUUUAACACCUAUUUUUGACUACCUUUGUACCUUAUUAGUGUAACAGUGCCGGAACCAGUAUGGAACUAGUCAAUUCUCCCCCAGUUUACCACACCAGCAGCGCCCAAAAGGCUCGCUCCAAAUUGGCAGCCCACCGAUUCAAGUAUGGCUCCCCAAAGCUAGUGGACGCCAUGCGCGAGAAAUGCCGCAUCCGGAUCAAGGAAGCCCGCAACGAGCACCUGUUCCAGAAGCGCAACAUCAUCCAGGAGGAAAAGGAACUGCUCGAAACCAUCGUCCGCCAGGAACUUUCCGAGCUGGAGCAGGACAUCCAGCUGCAAGAGCUCAUCUUCCAGGAACUGAUCGUGGAUGCGGACGAGUGGCUGUUUGCCGAGUACGAAAAGUCCGAGAAUUACCAGAUUGACGAGUACGGCCAGGAGGAAGUUUUCUGUCCGGUUUGCCAGCGGGCCGGGUUGAAGGCGGUAAAGGUGGCCGGGAUUGUCCGCUGUGAGUGUGGCGUCCAGCUGCGACUGCCGGAGGGCGCUGGACAGAUGGAACAGUUUGGAAGGUUGCUGCGGGACACGGUCGAAGGGCACGGUUCUCGGUGUGAGAGCGAUUUGCAGUUUUUCGUGGAACCGGGAAGUGACGACUGUGGACAGCUUAGUGCGUUCUGUCCGGGCUGUGAUUAUUACAAGAAUUUGACCAACUGAUGGGAUGUUGAUUGUGUGACUCAUUUUGUUUAAUUGAUACGUUUGUUUGCCCAGUUGAAACUACAAUAUCUUUAUAUUAUUUAUUUGUAAGCAAAUUCAGUGCUAGCGUUAAUAAAUUUAUGUUCCUGUGUAAAAAUA